AUUGAACUUCCAGAGAAAUACCAAGGUCAGACCUGCGGACUUUGUGGAAACUUCAACGGCAACACGGCUGAUGAUAUUAGUAACGGUCUGGCCUAAUGGAAGGUGUACACAGCUGAAUCCUGUCAUGACAUCACACUUCCCCAAAUGAAUGAGUGUGAAAACCAGGCACACAUCUGUCAGCAGUAUCUCAGCGGUUCAGGGUUCGACGACUGUCGCCGUGUGCUGGACAUGAGUUCGUUUGAGAAAGUUUGCUCAGACGAUCUGUGUCAAUGUCACGGCAACCAGGAGUGCGUCUGCAACACGCUCACAGAAAUAUCACGACAGUGCGCACACGCUGGUGGCAAGCCGGGGACAUGGAGAACAGACCAACUCUGUCCAAAGAAAUGUCCACUGAACAUGGAAUACAUGGAGUGUGGCGGUCCGUGCAAAAACACCUGCUCAGAUCCAGAUGGAAGCCUGUUGUGUACAGAUCACUGUGUAGAUGGCUGUUUCUGCCCUGACGGCAUGGUGGAAGACGACAUUGGCAAUAGUGGUUGCGUUCAUAUUAGCGAUUGUCCAUGUGUGCACGAGGGCACAUUAUACCAGACAGGAGAGUCAUACGAACAGGCAUGUAAAUCAUGCGUGUGUGCUGCUGGAUACUGGACUUGUACGGAUCUAGAAUGUCCUGGAAUCUGUUCUGUUGUGGGAGGCUCUCACAUCACCACAUAUGAUGGAAAAAGCUUCAGCUUUAAUGGCAACUGUGACUACAUCCUUACUAAGCACUCUAAUGACAGCGAUAUUGCCGUUAUCGGAAAUCUGGCAACGUGUGAUUUGAUGCGAACAGGCACAUGUCUAAAUUCCGUUACCCUUGUCAUCUCCGGGAAUACUGUUAGCAUUUCCUCCAGUGGGACUGUCACACUAAAUGAAAACACUCGAUAUGGUCUUCCAGUUUUCACAGAGAAUGUAGUCAUCUUCCAGCCCACCUCGUCCUUUAUCAUCGCUGAUAUGAAGGGUCUUCGCCUAGAGAUCCAACUGACUCCAAUCAUGCAGUUGUACAUUGUAGCCAAUGCUACAGAGAAAGGCAAAUUAAGUGGUCUGUGUGGGAACUAUAACGAUAUCCAAAAAGAUGAUUUCAAAAUACAAUCGGGCAUCAUAGAGGGAACCCCAACAACCUUUGUCAACUUUUGGAAGAAAAACCCAUUCAGUUGUCCAGACAUUGAUAACGCAUUAGACAACCCCUGCAGUCUGAGCAUGGACACAGGGAAACUCGCCAGAGACUGGUGCUCAAGUCUCACAAACCCAAAUGGAACCUUCUCCUCGUGUCAUUCAGAAAUAUGUCCUGAGACUUAUUAUCAAAGAUGCGUUCAUGACACCUGUAAGUGUGCUGAUAUCGGGAAGUGUAUGUGUGCGGCGCUCUCCUCCUACGCCCACGCCUGUGCCGCGAGAGGGGUCGUUCUCCAGAGCUGGCUGGAUUCAUACCCCUGCGACAAAGUAUCUGAGUGUUCAAACAACAUGAAGUAUUCCUACAGCGUGACCAGUUGUGGCAACACCUGUCGUUCUCUCAGCGGGAAGGAUUACUCUUGCAAAGCAUCAUUCACACCUGUAGAAGGCUGUGUUUGUCCUGAGGGCACCUAUCUCAAUGAUGCAGGCAUCUGCGUGCACGCCGACCAGUGCCCUUGUUACCAUGACAACCAGGUCAUAGACCCAUCGGGAACAAUAAACAGAGAUGGUUUCAAAUGCACCUGCACUCUUGGCAAAUUACACUGCUCCAGUCACAAAGACUGUGCGGCUCCAAUGGUCUUCUUCAACUGCUCUAAUGAACCUGGACAAAAAGGCACAGAGUGUCAGAGAACGUGUCAGAACCAAGACCCAAACAAAUGUGUGAGCACAGGGUGUGUAUCAGGGUGUAUGUGCCCAGAUGGUUUUCUGGCUGAUGGUGAAGGUGGCUGUGUGGGGAAGAAAAACUGCCAGUGUGCCCACAAUGGAGUCAACUACUCACCUGGGGAGCAGGUUCAGCAAGACUGUAACACCUGCACAUGCAAAGAUGGGAUGUGGAAUUGUACAGAAAAAGAAUGUUACGGCACCUGUACCAUCUAUGGGGAAGGGCAUUUUAGGACUUUUGAUGGCAAAAGAUAUUCUUUCUACGGAGCUUGUGAAUACAUCUUGGCACAGGAUUACUGUGAUACGCAGAGUAGUAGCUCCUUCCGCCUUGUUACGGAAAACAUCCCGUGUGGCACCACCAACUCCAUUUGCUCCAAAUCCAUCAAUCUCUUUUUUGGGAGAUACAAGGUAAUCUUAUCUGAGGAUGGGGUCAAAGUUGUUGAAGGCAAUGGAACCGAAUACAGAUAUCAAAUCUAUUCUGCUGGGAUAUACACUGUCAUAGAGGUCGAACAGCUUUUAAACUUAAUCUGGGACGGCAAAACAAGUCUGAUGCUCCAACUUCAUCCAAAUUUACAGGGCAAGGUUUGUGGACUGUGUGGAAACUUUGACGGUAACGCAAAUAACGACUUUGUGAAGCACGAUGGAGAAGAGGUCACAGAUGCAGUGGUGUUUGGAAAUAGCUGGAAAGUGACUUCCGGCUGCCCAGAAGUGAACAGCUUGAUGAAUCCUUGUGAGAAAAACCCACACCGGAGUGCCUGGGCCAUCAAACAGUGCAGCAUCAUUACAAGCAACGUCUUCAAAGAUUGCCAUUCACUAGUGGACUCUGCCCCAUACUAUGAUGCCUGUGUGAGGGACACCUGUGCUUGUGACACUGGAGGGGACUGUGAUUGUUUCUGUACCGCAGUUUCAGCUUACGCUGCUGAGUGCCGGAAAAGGGGAGCUUGUGUGGCAUGGCGUCGCCAAGAUGUUUGCCCUUUAUUCUGUGACUACUACAAUGCUCCUGGAGAAUGUGUGUGGCACUAUAAACCCUGUAGCUCGAACUGCAUGAAAACUUGCAAAAACACAGAAGGAAAAUGCUCCAGAAAUGCUGAUCAAAUACCUCCCCUUGAAGGAUGUUUUCCUCAGUGCCCUCCAGGGACACCAUACUUGAGGGAGGAGACGAAGGAGUGUGUUCCAGAGGAAAUAUGUAAAUCUUGUUUUUAUGAUGGGAAGUUAUAUCCUCCUGGGUCGGAAAUUUACAACAUUCCUGAUGGAAACAGUGUAUGCUUAAGGGCUGUGUGUGGACAAAAUGGAGAAAUUAACAGAGACAUAAUAGUGUGCAAAACAACACCCACAACAACAGAGACGCCUACGACCACUUCUACCACAACUACUGAAACACCACCAUCCACAACAACAACUACAGCAGCACCUACAACAACAACAACUAUAACACCACCGUCCACAACAACAGAGACGCCUACAACUACGUCUACCACUACUACAGUAACACCUAGUACAACACCUUACACCAGUUACUGUAAGUGGUCAGACUGGAUUGACAGCAACACACCAAGCACGGAACCCAAAGGUUUUGAAACUGAAUCCAUCAGUGCAUUGUGGAAUUCAAGAAAAAUUACCUGUCAGAGUCCUGAAGAGAUUGAAUGUAGGGCAGUAGAAUAUCCAGAAAAGUCCUUGGAAGAUUUGAAACAAAGAGUAAGCUGCAAUACAUCUUUUGGACUGUCAUGUUCAAAUGAAGAAAAUGCAGAUCGUAUUCCACCUCUUUGUUAUAAUUAUAGAAUUCGUGUAAAAUGUUGCGAAAACACUUUUAGUACAACCCUCUCCACUGAAACAAUCCCAAGUACAUCAACGCCAACACCUACAACCACAACAACUACUGUAACAUCACCACCCACAACAACAGAGACACCUAUAACCACUUCUACAUCAACUACUGUAAUACCACCCACAACAACAGAGACAUCUAUAACCUCAACUACUGUUGUAACACCACCACCCACAACAACAGAGACACCUACAAUCACAACUACUACUGUAACACCACCACCCACAACAACGGAGACACCUAUAACCUCAACUACUAUUGUAACACCACCCACAACAACAGAAACACCUAUAACCACAACAACUUCGACCACAACUACUGUAAUGCCACCCACAACAACAGAGACGCCUAUAACCUCAACUACUAUUGUAACACCACCCACAACAACAGAGACACCUAUAACCACAACAACUUCGACCACAACUACUGUAAUACCACCCACAACAACAGAGACGCCUACAACUACGUCUACCACUACUACAGUAACACCUAGUACAACACCUUACACCAGUUACUGUAAGUGGUCAGACUGGAUUGACAGCAACACACCAAGCACGGAACCCAAAGGUUUUGAAACUGAAUCCAUCAGUGCAUUGUGGAAUUCAAGAAAAAUUACCUGUCAGAGUCCUGAAGAGAUUGAAUGUAGGGCAGUAGAAUAUCCAGAAAAGUCCUUGGAAGAUUUGAAACAAAGAGUAAGCUGCAAUACAUCUUUUGGACUGUCAUGUUCAAAUGAAGAAAAUGCAGAUCGUAUUCCACCUCUUUGUUAUAAUUAUAGAAUUCGUGUAAAAUGUUGCGAAAACACUUUUAGUACAACCCUCUCCACUGAAACAAUCCCAAGUACAUCAACGCCAACACCUACAACCACAACAACUACUGUAACACCACCACCCACAACAACAGAGACACCUAUAACCACUUCUACAUCAACUACUGUAAUACCACCCACAACAACAGAGACACCUAUAACCUCAACUACUAUUGUAACACCACCACCCACAACAACAGAGACACCAACUAUCACAGCAACUACUACUGUAACACCACCACCCACAACAACAGAGACACCUAUAACCUCAACUACUAUUGUAACACCACCACCCACAACAACAGAGACACCAACUAUCACAGCAACUACUGUAACACCACCCAUAACAACCACUGCUACCAAAACAACUGUAACACCACGCCAAACAACAAAGACACCUACGACCCAGUUUCCUGUAUAUACAGAGUCAACAACGACCAUAAAAAAUACCCCACCACCUCAAGUUCAUUGUUGCAUGUACUCAAAUGAAACAUACCCAGCUGAGUCUAUCAUCUACAAUAAAACAGACAAAGCGGGUUGGUGCUUCAUUACUUACUGCAACUCCUCAUGUAAAAUUCAGCAAUGGACUCAACCGUGCCCCACACCCUCACCCCCCACCACACCCCCUUCACCAGACUGUAAAAACGUCAACCGGAAGAAUGGAGAAUCCUGGACAGAAAAAUGUAGUAACAAUAUCUGCAAUAAUGGUAAAGUUCUCUCAAAACCUAUACAGUGUGACCAGGCCAAUCAUUCAAAAUGUGCCAAUGGACUAAAACCAGAGCUGGUGUAUUAUAACAACGGCUGCUGUGCCAAAUAUGAAUGUCCAUGUAAAUGCAGUGGCUGGGGUGACCCUCAUUAUAAAACCUUUGAUGGAAAAUACUACGCUUUCCAAGGAAACUGUACCUAUGUGUUGGUCAAAGAAAUCAUCCCAAAAUACAAUAUCAGUGUCCACGUUAAAAACUACUACUGUGAUGUUCAAAGAAAUCUGGCCUGCCCCGAGUAUGUGACGGUAUAUUACAAAUCCUAUGAGGUCAAGAUGACAAGCAACACUAAAGAAGUCCAGGUCUAUGUUAAUGAUGAGAAGAAAAUACUUACAUUCAUAAAUGAAGCCUUCACCAUCACCACAUCCGGCAUGGCAGUGGUUCUGAACAUCUCUGAAAUCCAAGCACAAAUUUUAGUAAAUCAUCAAGGCUUUGAGGUGAAACUUCCAUUUUCCUACUUCCAUGGUAACACAGAGGGACACUGUGGCGUUUGUGACAACAAUACUGCAAAUGACUGCAGACUUCCUAAUGGAACGAUUCACCAAUCAUGUGAAGACAUGGCAAGACUUUGGAUGGUACCACCAGGUUGCAGUACCCCACCACCUCCACCACCAGGUCCAACUCCAGCUCCCAACUGCGGAAAAAUAUGUGAUGUCAUCAAAAGCGAUUUAUUCAAACGCUGUCAUCAGAGUGUUCCUUAUGAAAGUUAUUAUGAAGCGUGCAAAUAUGAUGUGUGCCACAUGAGCAACGAAUCAAUUGCCUGCACGAGUCUGGAGGCCUACGCUCAGAUGUGUGGUCAGGCGUCUGUCUGUGUCGACUGGAGAAAUUCAGCUGAUCUUAAAGGACUGUGUGCAUACAAAUGCCCCAGUCACAAAGAAUUCAAAGCUUGUGGGCCUAAGACAGACAAAACCUGCAGUGCAUUGUACAAUAAUAAAAUUGUGGAGCAACCAUGCCAAAAUGCAGAUUGUCUUCCAACAUUUAUGGAAGGUUGUUUCUGUCCUGAUGACACAUAUCUGGUUAGUUCAAUGACAGAUGAAUGCACAUCUUACUGCGACUGCAUUGGCUCUGAUGGAUUACCUAAACAGCCCGGGUCUAUGUGGAUUUCAGACUGUACCGUACAUACCUGCUCCAAUGAGACUUUUGGUAUUGUGCAAAAACCUGUUGAGUGUCCUGCUGUUAAAUCCUGUGCUAAUGAGUACAAAAUAGCUAUUGAAAACUGCUGCCCAACCUGCGUUUGUGAUAUCGAGGCGUGCCUUAUGAAGAAAUGUGAUGUGGGAUAUGAGCUGGCAGCAAGUAAAACCGAGGACAGCUGCUGCCCACACUGUGUGCCCAAAGAUGUUUGUGUGUACAACAACACUGAGUACCAGCCUGGGGUCAAAAUCCCCACAGAUCCUUGCACUAAAUGUACGUGUGAAAUGGAUAUAGAUCCACAAACUAAGCUACAUUCUGUACUUUGUGCUAGUGUGUCCUGUUCAACUUGCGAUGAGGGCUUUGAAAGGGUGACGGUGGAAGGAGAGUGUUGUGGAAUAUGUAUGCCAACAGGCUGCAUUUAUGAUGCACCAGACAACACCAGAACAAUUCUUAAGGAAGGAGACGUGUACAAGGACAAAUGUGAAAGCGUUUCCUGCCGUCAAAUUAAUGGCAGCUUUGUGAUAGAGAAGACCAUAACAAGCUGCCCUGCCUUCGAGUCGGAUGACUGUGUCCCUGGAACCGAGACACUUGACGCAGAUGGAUGUUGCAAGACAUGUCAGCCUAAGAACUGUGUUCGUGCGAAGAACACCACCCACGUCCGUGUAAAAGACUGCAUCUCCAUCGAGCCUAUAGAAGUGACGUCUUGCAGUGGCCACUGUGGCACCCAGUCAAUGUAUUCAGUGGAGGCGAACAAAAUGAUGCACAGCUGUUCUUGCUGCCGAGAGUUGAAAACCAACAUUAAGAAGCUGACGUUGAGGUGUCCCGACAACAGUGAGAUCUCUCACGACUACGUCUACAUAGAGAGCUGCAUCUGCAAACCAACAGAGUGUGAAGACAAGAUGACCUCCGGAUAAAAGAUCAAGGUCACUAUUUGACCAUCAGAGCAUAAAUGAUAAAAAUUACUUUGGUGAAAGUUUGCACUGUCUGUACUGUUCAUCCUGCUGUUUAUAACAUAAUCGUGUUGCCCUCUCCCCAAUGGAACUCUAGGGAGCUAAAGGGUAUUUUGAGAAUUGCAUUUCCUUUUCUGCUUUAUCCUGUAUGGUAUUACAAAAUAUAAUGGUAUACUGUAUGUUUUCCUAAAUUAAUGAUGUAAUAAAUAAAGCAAAUUAAACUGCAGUCUUCUUGAGG